GUUAGAAUCUCCUCUCUAACCUGUUGCCCUUGUAAGUUAUCGAUUGAACUGCCUAAGAUCUUUUAAUUUUUGAAUUAACAUUCUCUCCGUGAAAUUUCAAUCUUUCCUAGGUAAUCUUCCCAAUACUUCCAUGUUUUUUUUGGAUUGAUGGUAAUCCUCAGUGGGUAUUUGAUACUGUCAAUCAAUAUAUUGCAUUUCCGGUUACCUAUUAGCAUUUCCAAAAUUAACUUCAAUAAAUAUUGGCAGUGUUUCUGCUUCUUUCACAGGUAAGGUUCAAUUGGUUGUUAAACAUUCAUGAGCUUUGGCUGAAUCAUAUCUUUUACAAGAAAUCAUUAAUAUCCAGAAAAGUAGAUUUUGUUGGUGCUGGGAGGGGAGAACUAUUCUUGGGAAUGGAUCUUGAUGAUCUUCUUUCUGAGCCUGUAGUGGUGAAUGCUCGAGCUGGGUUUAAGUUUCAACCGAAGGCCAGACCAAAGGGUAAGGUGAAAGGAACUGUCUUGCCAACCCCUAGCCAAUUUGAUUCUUCCAAGGACAAGCCAGUUGCAGUAGACGAUAGACAUGCUGACAUUUUGAAGUCCGUAGCUCAUUUGGUCCCCCUUGCAGAGACUGUAUCCGUUAACUCUUCUGCUGAUACACCAGAUGAAAUCCCACGUAAUUCCACACUUAUAGAUUCUUCAUCCCAACCAGUGAUUCAGCACUCUGUAAAUCACACAGGAGCUUUGAUUCAAGAGAUUUCAGUGUCUGAUGGUGACAGAAUUUUUGCAUCAGCCAAUGUCUCUCCACAGUUUGGCACCAGGGGGCGGACGUUGCCUCCCCAGAUCCUUCUUUUGUGGGAGUGGCAAAUUUUUCUGACAUUCAUGCUGAUAAGCAAGCUGGUUUUACAAGAUCGGGAGUAGAGGUAUACUUCAAGAUAUUGUCAUAUGUUGUUUGGGGCAAGGCGUGAGGCGUGACAUUGAGCAUAGAAUAUAAAGCUGUGGCAAAACCAGACUACAAAUAAGCUACCUAUAUCACGCCCCGUUGCUAGUGAAGCAGACUCAGAAAGACUUGCAUCUGUUGCCUCAAACCCCAAUGCUUCUAUUGCUCCAGAGAUAAACAGUAACCCAGAUAUUGUUGAAGUUUCCCAGGAGGUGUUAAACUAUGGAGAUGCUGCUGAUGCCCUUGGAGUAUCAUGGGUCAGUGACAUGAGGCUGGAGAGAGAGGAGGAGGCUUUUGGUGGAAUAAAUUCUCAGGAUACCGCUACCGGGAAUCCUUUCUUAGUUCCUUGUGCAAAUGAAUCUUUGGAAGAGGAUUUGACUCCCACCUUUCCUUCUGAUAGUUUUAUUGAUUCCUCAACCAUGGGGUUUUCUAGUUCUGUGCCAGGGGACGCAUCCCCGGAACAAUUAACACACGAGUUGGAAAGUUCUGCUGAAAGAUCUUAUCCAGAGCUUGUCACUCAGGAAGAACAUGUGGACUUACAGGCUGGUCAUGUGAUCUCUGGAGAAGAGAAUGAGAGAUCUGUUUCCGCUGCUAGCAACAAAAAUGGAACUGGUAAAUCCUCAAGGCUGCUGAGAAAUGAGGUGUCUCCUCCUGUUGCUGCUGAUGAGAUAGCAGAGGAGACUAGAGAGGAUCAGCAUUUGCUUUCUGAACCAGCCCAAAAUUCUUCGGGUAAUUUGGAUAAUAAUGAUGACUACUGUAGAGGCGAAGAGGCGCCCAAUUCGAACAGGACACCCCAAAACUCAAAGAAACCAGUGUCUGGAAAUGAAAAAACAGGUCGCAGGCGUAAAAAAGCAGAUGUGCCAGACUCCUCAGACAAAGAACUACCCAAAAAGAAGUUCUCUCAUUCUACUCGAAGAAAUAGGAGAAAAGUGGACAAGAUUUUGCUUGAAACCCCGGAUCAUGAAAUUGAUCCUCGGAAGCUGACCCUGAAGGACCUAAUCCUGCUUGCAGAAGCCAAGGAACGGUUGUUGAGUAAAGAUCCAAAUGCAGCGAAGAACCCCUUACCGAAUCAAAGAAAUACCCGAGAUACCUCUUUUGGUGAAGAGGACUCGUUUGGCUUGCCAGAGGACUCGUUUGGAUUGCGAGAUGACUCGUUUGGAUUGCGUGAUGACUCAUCCUUUGGCUACCAGGACGAUGAGCAAGCAGCACCUUCUGCUCAACCUAAACUCAACUACCAUACUUUCAUGAAAAGGACAUCAAAACAAAGUUGGUCCCAACAAGACACUGAACUGUUCUAUGAGGGAAUUCGGCAGUUUGGAACAGAUUUUGCAAUGAUACAACAACUAUUUCCUGGACGAACACGACAUCAAGUGAAACUGAAAUAUAAGAAGGAAGAAAAACAGCAUCCUCAAAGGCUUUCUGAUGCUUUGACAAAUCGUUCCAAGAAUCAUUCCCGUUUUGAACUGGUUAUUGAAAGGCUAAAAAAGCUGCAGCUGAAGCUGAGGCUGAGCAAAAUUCUAACAGAGAUGACGAAUCUGUUGGCCUGACGGGCGAGGAAGAGGAGGUCACUCAUGACACAAAUGAAGAAGUGACACAGAAUAAAAACCAAGAUAAGUUUGAGGAGGAAGAAAUGGGUGAAGGUACGAUGGAAGCAGAGGAGGCGGCUACUGUGAAUGAUCAAGGUUAUAAUCCUGACUUGAUUUUUGGAGGCACUGUGAUGUGAUAUCCUGUCUUCAACUUGUAUCUGAAAAAACAAAGAAUAGAAGAAGACAGAGGGAAGAACUGUGAAAAAACAAAGACAGACAGAAUGAAAACAAAGAAUAGAAGAAGACACGGACAGACCGAAUGAAAAUGAAGAAAAGAUUAAUUAUUGUGGCUGAUGGGAGUCGAUCUCGGGUCUUCAGAACUACAACGCGCCAACAUUACCACUAAGCUAUGCUGGGUCUAUUUAGCGUUUUUUAUUCUUAACAUGUACUUUGUUGGUAUUGUUUUAUUAUAGAAUACUACUCUCAUCCUUUGUAACACAUUAUUUAGCAUGCCAAUCUUCGUGUACUGUUCCAAUUUUUAUGGGAUGUUUCACGUCCCCAUGUUUGCAAA